GAGCUCCCCCUGCAUUCCUGAGGUUGAAAUUGGGUCGGACCCAGAUGCAACCAACAACUAGCAACUUGCCACAAGUCUUGUAGCUCUGAAUUCGGUGAGGUCUUUGAAGGAAGGACAAAAUCUCAGUGUUCAAACUUCAGUGCACAUUGAGAGUAUGACUGCCAAAGUAGAUCUACAAGACUUUUGUUGGCCUCCAAAUAAUGACUCUUUCUUCUGGGCUGAUAAAGCCUACAGUUAUUGUAAGGAGCUCCCAGACUUUGAUGUAACUAGUUAUGCCCUGCUUGCCGUCGCUAGUGGCCUGUCCAUUGGCCACAUCCAGCACUCAGAGCAUAAAAACUUGAAGAGAUUCUGGGCUUUGCGUGCAAGGUUUGCCUUGUCUAUCGUCAGCAGCUUUUUGCCAGUAAUAGGGGUGAUUCUGAACUUAACCCAUUCGGUAAAGCUGAUUGCACCUUUUCCCAGUGUCAGAGAUGGUUGUGCUUUCUUUGCAUGGGCGGCACACGCUCUAUACCUUCUGAAACUGCUGAAAGCCCGGCAAAAACUUGUGAGGGGUUAUUUACCGGUCCUUUUUGCGUGGACCCUAUCUUUGCUGUCUACCGUUGUGCGAGUGGCAAAAGUUACUGGCUACAUUGCUCAGAAAGACCAGUUAGAGUUAGAGGAGGUUGGCAGAAUUCUGACAUUCGUCGAAUUUGCUCUUCAGCUUUUGUACUUGGUGUUGCUUUUGCCAUCCCAUAACCAAAAGCAAGUAGCCUUUGAGGGCAACCAUGAUGAAGAGUGCAGUGUUGUUUCGGAUCUGGGUGUUGCUGCUGAGGAGGCUGGCUUCCUAUCCAAGUUGCUCUUGUGGUGGAUCCGGCCCCUGCUGAAACAAGGGGCACAGGGCAAGCUCAGAAAUGCGGACGAUGUAUUUCGUCUGCCCAAGUACCUACAAACCCUCAAUGUGCAAGACUACUUUGGCAGGAUCUUGAAUGGCGAACUGGCUGACAGAGUCACUGGUAACAGGGAGGCAGAUGACUUGUCGAAACUGGAAAAGAAAACUCUAGCAGGAUGUGCCUUUUCCAAAGAGCAGAUUUUCAGUGUAUUCGGCUGGCGAAGCCGAGGCAAGUCUGAAUCAACACUGUCUGAGAGACCCACACUUCUGAGGGCACUUGUAAGAGCUUUUGGGGUUCAUUUCAUCUUUCUUGGUGUUGCAAAAUUUUGUCUGUAUGUAACGAGAUAUGCUGGACCUCUUCUCCUCAAUGCCUUGGUGACUUUCAUCGAAGACGGUGAGGAACCAGUUCAGAAUGGUCUGCUGUAUGCCUUCAUCCUCUCGCUCUCAACUCUACUGCAUGCGUUUGUGUCAAUCCACUACCAUUACCAGACGUUUAAGAUGAUAACGCGUAUGCGGGCAGCCCUGGUGACCACCAUCUACAGGAAGGCUCUCGUAGUGAGCUCCACGGCAGCCUCUCGCUUCACAACUGGAGAGAUCACAAAUAUGAUGAGCGUUGACGUGGAUCGGGUGAAGGGCAUCUGCUGGGGUCUCCAUGAAUCGUGGGGUAUCCCCUUCCAGAUGACUGUCUCACUAAUUCUCUUGUACCAGCAACUUGGGCUCUCAUUUCUGGCAGGGGUUGUCUUCGCUGUGCUGAUGGCUGCUGUAACCAAGUGGCCAUCCAGCAAGAUGUACAAAUUUUAUGAAGGUCUGAUGAAGCACAAAGACAGCAGGAUCAAGCUAAUGAGUGAGAUCCUGCAUGGUAUUCGUGUCAUCAAGUUCUAUGCAUGGGAGAAGCACUUCAUGCGGAAGAUCGAGGAACUGCGAGACAGUGAACUGGGCCGUCUGAAGCAACUGAAAUACCUGCAUGCUGUGUUUGUGUAUAUCUGGAACAGUGCAAACAUAUUGAUAGCUGUCUCUUCUUUUGCUGCUUUUGUGCUGCUGGGGAACCAGCUAACAGCUGCCAAGGUUUUUACAAGCUUGACUCUUUUUAACAUGCUGAUUGGUCCCCUGCACUACUUGCCGUGGCUCAUCAAUGAUGUCAUCGAGAGCCGAGUCUCUCUCAAGAGGAUUCAGAGUUUCUUGGACCUAGAGGAGCUGGAUCCUUCCACCUACUACUCAUCACAAGGAAUGGAAGACCCCAACUCCUAUCUUGAGAUCAAGCAAGGCAGCUUCCAGUGGGACCAUCCUCAAAAGGCAGAGGAUACUGCUGCAGAUGAGGGUUCAAAGGAAACCAGCAAAUCAACUGAGAAAGACACGGAUGGGAUGGAUCUGGAAAAAAAGGGGACAGGUGUCCUGAAACUGUCCAAUUUGAAUCUGUGUGUUGGCCGGGGUCGGCUGGUCGGGGUCAUAGGUUGCGUGGGCUCUGGCAAGAGUUCCCUCCUGUCUGCGAUUACAGCCGAGAUGACCCACACCGGUGGUUCCAUCAGUGUGUCAGACCUGAUGAGUGGCUUCGGCCUGGUUCCUCAGGAGGCUUGGGUACAGCAUGCUACAUUGCGGGAUAACGUCUUGUUUGGCACAGAGUUCAUAGCCAAGAGGUACCGAGCGGUCAUUGAGGCAUGCGCUCUCAAGGACGAUAUUAAAUCUCUACCAGCAGGAGACCUGACUGAGAUUGGAGAGAAUGGAGUGACCCUCAGUGGAGGUCAGAAGGCGAGGGUAGCCCUAGCUAGAGCCGUUUAUCAGGAUAAAGACCUUUAUCUGCUGGAUGACCCAAUGGCUGCUGUAGAUGCACAUGUAGGGGCACACAUCUUCUCCCAGUGCAUCAUGGGAUUGCUCAAAAACAAGACCAGAAUCCUUUGCACCCACCACACCAAAUACCUACAGGAAGCUGACCUAGUAAUUGUAAUGGAAGGUGGAGUAAUUAGGAAUGCCGGACAUCCCACAGUGAUUCUGGAAAACAAAGAUCUGCUGGCUGCAGCUCAGCACAAUGGCCCUGGGGUCAGAGAGGGCGGAAACAGCCCAGGGGAGGAGGAGGAGGAGGCGGAGCUCUGGACACGCAAGGAGGAUGGCAAGCUGGUGGAAGAGGAGGAGCAAGUAACUGGCAUGGUCAAAUUCAAGGUGUAUCAGGCAUACUGGAAUGCCAUUGGCUGCUCCCUGGCAACCAGUGUCCUGGUUGCUAUGGUUCUAACACAAGCUUCUAGGCGCAUAGCCGAUUGGUGGUUGUCUUACUGGGUUAGUCAUUCUCACAGCUACGAAGCCUUCAAUUCAAGUUCUAGUACUGAAAAUAUCACCAGCACUCAUGCGGAAGUUCCGAUGACUGAGAUGAACCUAACUGGUGCUGACAACCCCAUGUUCUACCUUGGCAUCUACGGCGGCAUAGUUGGAGCUAACAGCAUCUUUAUGCUGUUCAGAGCUUUCCUGUUCGCUUACGGUGGCUUAUGUGCUGCCAAGACCAUUCACAAUGGACUCUUGUCCAGCAUUUGGAAGGCUCCAGUCUCCUUCUUUGAUACCACACCCAUUGGUCGCAUCAUCAACCGCUUCUCCUCAGAUACACACACCAUCGACAAUAACCUCCCUGAUGUCCUGUGUCGGUUCCUGUCUUUUCUCUUUGGCACUGUGGGAACCUUGGUCUUGGUCUGUUACGGAAUACCCUGGUUUUCUGUUGUGUUAAUCCCCAUAUUUAUACUCUACAGCUGCAUCCAGAACUACUACAGGAAGACAUCUCGCCAGUUGGGCAGAAUUGAAAGUGUGACAAUGUCUCCAAUCUACGCCCACUUUUCGGAGACUCUGGCUGGGCUACCGACUAUCAGGGCACUCAGAGCCACAGAAAGGUUCCGAUUGGAGAAUGCCGCCAAGCUGGAGGCCAACCAGAGGAUUCGUUUCUGUGGCUUCUCAGUGAGGAUUUGGCUGGCAGUCUGCCUCGAUUUGCUGACGGCGGUCAUUAUUGCGACCGUAGCAGUCACAGCUGUCUUGGGACGUCAAUACCAGACCCUCAGUCCAGGUUUGGUUGGCCUGGUUCUCUCCUCCACAUUGUCCAUCAGCUACCAUCUUCAGGAGGUGGUGGCCGUCUUCACCGAACUGGAGAAAAAGAUGGUUAGCUUGGAGCGAGUUGAACAGUAUAUCAAAGACCUGCCGUCAGAGAACCAGCAAGGGCGAUUGCAGGUAGCACCCUCCUGGCCCCAGCAUGGUCAAGUCUCCUUCAAGAAUGUUUCAUUUGCCUAUCGUCCAAGCCUCCCAAAUGCUCUGAAUGGAGUAACCUUUGACUUACAACCUGCAGAGAAGCUGGGCAUUGUGGGAAGGACAGGGUCAGGGAAGUCGUCACUCUUCCAGGUGCUGUUCCGUUUAGUGGAAAUACAGAGUGGUCAGGUGACCAUUGAUGGAGUUGACAUAGCUCACUUGUCAUUGGAGGAACUCAGAUCCAAGCUUGCCAUCAUACCCCAGGAUCCCUUCCUCUUCAUCGGUUCCAUCAGGGAAAACCUGGAUCCAACAGGACGAUUCUCAGACAAGGAUCUCUGGGUGGUGCUGGAGAAGUGUCACCUGCAAUCUGUGGUAGAGAGCCUGGGAGGUUUGCAGGCUCAGGCUGGGGAGAAAGGCCGCAAGUUUUCUGUGGGUCAGAGGCAGCUGGUGUGCCUGGCAAGAGCUAUGCUCACCGGUGCCAAGGUCCUGUGCAUCGAUGAAGCCACUGCCAGCGUUGACAUGGCAACCGACCGUCUCCUCCAGCGGACCAUCCGGCAGGAGUUUGCGGCCAGCACGGUGCUGACCAUCGCCCACCGGCUGGACACCAUCAUGGACAGCGACCGGGUGCUGGUCAUGAGCAGUGGUCAGGCGGCCGAGCUGGCCAGUCCAAAAGAACUUCUAGAGGACCCAACCUCACUGUUUUAUGGCCUUGUCAACAAAGGUAACAAUUCAACUGAUAGGGCAGGGUAAAUCUUGCACUUGGCAAUACACGCAAAAUGACGUUGUUGAAUUUAACAAACUGCUCGGCUUACGUUAUGCACUUUUCUAAGUCACAAGACCUGAGCAAAUCCUUACAGUCAUCAAAACAUGAUAUACUACUUUUGGGGAGUGUGUUAUGCAGAAUGGAAUGCAGACAAUGUGGGGCCACGGGAAACAGGAUAUAGAAACUGUUUGAAAAGUGGACCCUGAUUAAACAAUGGAACCUGAGAGUUCGUUUCCAGAGGAUGUAUGUUUCACUUUUUAUUUCAGGAAUGGGAAUCCAGGCUGCUGGCCUUGUUUGUAUUCCUUGUUUUGAAACUUGCAAAGUUGAAAGAAUUUCACAGAAAAAAAGGCCAUUUUCAUCGAUACAAAGAAUGAAAUUCUAUUGUCUGAAAGACUUUAAAGGUCAAACAAACGGAAAUUUUGUUGUGUUCAAAGGUGAAAGUGAAACAGACACUGUGCUACUCCAUAGGACAGAUGAACAAUAUCUGGAACAUUUCAUUGGGGUUUCAAGCAUAAGACUCCACGGGGUGAAACCCAAAACUGAAAUGGUAAUACACAUUCCAAGGUGAAGGUGCCAUUAGAAGUGCACUCUGAACACUUUAUACGUGUAGUGGGUGGAUUCUUUUGCUCAUGGAGCUUCUCCAUGCUAUUUUGUUAUACAAAACUCAACAAGCAGGCACGUAUUUAAAAAAAGAAAAACAAACCAAACAGAUUGGCAUGAAUAUACACUAUCUAAACAGUACUUGAUACACGCGAAGUUGGUUCAUGCUGAUUAGCCUCCUAUGCAGCUUGAAAUAACUGAAACAUGUAUAUCUGUGAUCUUGGCUCCCAAGCACUGCUGUGUGGUUGUAUCAUAAUAAACAUUGCCAGUGCUGAAUACAUAACAUAACAUCCGCCGGAGUCAGUAUGCGUUUUCAUUUUCGCCACUGUCAACUUUGAGGGAAAAAAUCUGGUGCUUGCUGUGUCCGUGUAAUGAAGGAAGGAAGGAAGAUGUCAGUUUUGGAGUUUGAGGCACUUGGUAUAGACAGGUCGAUGUGAGCUUAUACAUCACGACAGGCACACCCCAAAAGCUUCCUAAAUUGUGUCAGUUGCUAUGACGAGAGCCAAUGCUACCUUUGGCCUGGUUCUCAAGCACACAUACAUGUAUACUGGAUGACAAGUAAUUUAGACAGUAGUAUUUUGUCUGUGAACCAUUAGCACGGCUCUAGUACAAGUAACAUAAUUGGCCAACUUUCAACUUAUUUGGAUGGCCCAUCCGUAAGUUUGGGACGAGGAAAGCAAUGCCCCGGGACAAAAGGUAGAAAUACGUACCUACCUUGCAGAUCACAGCGAUAUUGCACGUGGAGAACAAAACGGAACUGACUCGGUGCCAAGUCUAACGCACAUGUGGUAUUUAUACACAUAAGAGAUUUCAAUCAUAAUUUACUUCCAAGUAGAGUUGGCCAUGAGAGACACUAAGGAAGUAUUUGGAAUACAGUGUGGACUGUCUAUGGGGACUCACUUCCCCCAUUAGGAACUGACAAACCCAACUGCUUGAAGAUUUCAAUGAGUUUCAGAACAAACCAAGAGCAUAGUAGAAUGUGACGUUUGGAUGAGAUAAUGGGCAGUGGAACUACCUACAGCACAACCAAAGAGAGGAAUUGUUUUCUUACUCUGUCUUUGAGUAAGCCCAGCAGUUUUCAGUUUUGUUUUUAACCACAACCCACAUUUUUGUUUUUGAAGUGGCUCAGGUGACCCGCUAAAAAUCAUGUGAUGGGGAACUUGAUAAUGCUGUGGGCAAAGAUCUUAGUCAGAGCAAGCUCACAAAGCAUCUGUGACAAGUAUUGAGCCGGCAAACAUUUCCUGAUGAGGUUUUGUUAAAAGGUGUGUCAAAUAGUCCUGUUGCCUUUGAAGUUUCUGGUUUGCCAAAAAAUUUGGGAAAAACCCAGAACAAGUCAGCUUCCUUGAAGUUUAUUUAUAUUUCCUGUCAUGUCUGCUUGAGCAAAGGGUGUGUUAUGUGUCAAGUGCUGAAAUGUGGGACCUAUUCUCAAAUAAAAUAAAAGCAAACUUACCAGCUGAGUUAUCUAAUGAAUCAGGAGGAUAAAUGAAGAAAAAAAACCCUGUUUCUGGGGGAACGAUUCUCAUUGACUAAAAAUGGGACGUAUACAAAAAUUUAAGAGCAGAAAUAAAAAUCACCAAAUCCAAGAAUUGAUGUUUGUCAGGAGCUGUUAUGAAUAUUAAUUUCAUCAAUGGGCAGUCUUAUUGGACUUCUUUUAACCGAAGCGUUUGUUCUGCUCGAAUUUAUAUAAAUUUGCUCAAAAAUGAAUAGAACUUGAAGAGAUGUAUUUUUUCUUGCAAACAAUUGCUCAACUGCAAGUAACACUUUUAAAGUUUCUAAUUUUGAUGAUAAAUAAGGACAAAUUUGAACAACUUCAUUGUUUGAAAAUAAUUACUUGAUAUAAAUAAGCGAUUCCAAAUUCAACUGAGGACGAACCAAUUUUUGCAAUUUACUUUUAGUUGAAUGUUCUUUAAAACUUCUGAAGCGAGUUUUCUGUCUGCUGUAUGUAUAUUUGAUGCUACUCCUAUCAAAAUGAAUCCUGUGUAUGUUUUCAAGUGCAAAUAACUUUUUUUAUCCUCAUAACUUAAGUACUUUUCUUCAGGAUUAAAAUCCUGGUUGUGGUAGUGUUUGUGCAGUGAUCUAGCUCCUAUCAAUAAGGGUGAUUUUUAGUAUCACAUUUUGACAGCUUUUAUACAAAAAUGAAAAAGAAAUAAAAAGAUGUGAAUUUA